AUGAGUAUCCGUGAUCGAAAGCACCGAUGGGUGCGUCGUGCUCGUCUUCUGAUGGCAAUCGAGUUAUUUCUAUCGAUAAUUUUCGAUUUCACAAUGAUUGGAUCAGUGAAAAGGGGACAAAUGUUGAAUUGUCUAUUGGUUGUGGUUAUUACUCUUAAUAUUUUGACAGGCGCGAGAUUAUUCCUAAAACUACGUGGAAUCAAGUGUGCCAGCUCAAUUAUGGCCUAUGUUCUAUGGAAAAUCGUUCAGGAGGUUGUGAUGGUUCCAGCUCUCGUGGUUUUCAGUUUUAUAUGUGUUGAUAGAUAUCUCCGAAGUUGGGACAAUGUGAAUCAUGGUGUUCAGAUACUAGUCAUCGUGUGGACCUAUGCAAUAUAUUCUCUAUUUCUAAUAUUGUUUCUGGCCUGGCUCGCCCGUUUCCUCUGGCAACUCCAAUCAACACACGCCUCGAACACUGACAAAACCGAGAACGCCACUCAGAUUUCAUUCAUCGACGGAUUCCAUUCAGAAGCAGAUCAUCAUCAGCUACUCGACACGACGUCGUCACGAAUGAACGGAGCAAAUAGUAAUGAGGCAUUGGAAUUGAGAGAGAUUCCACUACGGGAGACUACAACGACGACAACGAAUUCGAAUCGACCAUUCAUACCCUACGAUCAUGUUGUUCCAUAUUUAUCCCCUUGA